AUGUCCCUUCCUCACACCAUGAUCGCUCGUAUGGAUAUAAUACGCAACGCCCGCAACAACGCCAACAACACCAACGAUAACAACAGUAGGAACAACAUCAAUCGUGACCCCAGAGAGCAGUAG